CCAUAAUUGCAGUCUGCCUUCAGCCGUAGGCCGAAUGUCUCCUAUUGUGGAAUCUUGACGUCGAUCAACAAUGUCACACUUAAUCAACAAUGCUACCAACAUUUAAAGUGGUGAGCAUGGAGAAUGGUGCGAUAAGUAGUUUUCACUUAGAGGCGGGUGCUGAUCCUAAUAUGAAGCCAAAUUUCACCUUCCAUGUUCAGAACAAAGCUGUUUGCUCCAUUACUUUUAAUCUGUUGGUUCCAAAUCUUCUUGCGGCAGACCGGCGGAGACUAACCAAAUGCAGAUUAUGUAUGCUUAAACCAGGACUUCACCCCUUACUAUAUUUUUGGUCAGUGGAGCUCUUUUUUUCCCUUUCAAAUGACUGCCCAUAUUUGCUUUCAAUGGGUGGCUCUAUGGGAAACCUUGAAGUGACGGCGGUAGCAAUAUGGCGAGAACAAGUGGACUUGUGAGCCUCCAUCUCUUCGUCUCCUCAACAUGGGAUGUGCGAGCCUACAUCUCUUCGUCUCCUCAACAUGGGAGCCCAAAGUCCCAAACGACGUCCUGCCCUCUCCCCUUAGCCGCAAUUGAUGAGGCGCCGCUGAUGAACCAGACUGCGACAAAUCUUGCGAUGGCCGCGGGUGGAAUCCGCACACAAGGAUUGAAAUAUUGUUCAUCAGUGCCGCUCUUGAUUUCCAACAGCGAUAGAGUUGCAGCUGCCCAAAUUUGUCGAUAGACUUGCCGCCUCCACCAGCGAUAGAGUUGCCACCUCCACUGAUUAGGUUUUGUGAUAUUUGACUCAUGGUAAGGGUGAGUGUGGUGGAAUGGUGGAGUCUAUCCACUGGUGAGUUGUCUCUAUGAGGGUGUGCAUGUGCUCAGGCUUGGGGUAGCGUCAUAAGAUGGCGAGAAGGAUGAUGAGGUUGAAUACUUUUCUUUGUAGGGCUAGAUCAUGUAACCUCCAAGUCAUAGGGAUCGAUCAUUCAUCAGUAAAAUUUUAUGUAGUAU